AUGGUCGUCUACCACUCGAGCCUCAACGGCACGGAGACCGAGGUUGCCUGCGGCUGUGCGAUCCUGCCCCUCAAGACGAGCAUCCGCGGGCCUGCCGAGUCGGCGGCAGAAGGUGAGGAAGAUAUCGUCGACGAGACGCUCGGUUACUUCAAAGCCAACGUCCUCUUCAAGCACUUUGAGGUGAAGGGCGCGGCGGACCGAACUCUAAUCUACCUGACGCUCUACACGACGCAGUGCCUGAAACGGCUGGAGACGUGCCCGACGCAGACGGACGGCGUCAAGGCGCUGACGGCGCUGGCGCACGAGGCCUUCAGUGCGCCGGGCGAGCCGCGCUUCGCCCUCGCCUCCUUCUUCCCCGCCGGAGCAAGCCCGGCAGAGCUCGACCUCUGCCGCGCGUACCUCAAGCAAGCGCGAGAGGAGCUGGGCCGGCGGCUGGCUCUGAAGGUUUACGGCGACAACGGCCCGCCCUCAAAGCUGUGGAUCGCCUUUUCGAAGCGCAAGUUUAUGAACAAGGCGUUGUGAGAUGUGGGUCAUGAUGUGCGAGUCCGAGACUGAGAGAGCACUUGAGAGAGCGGCAGAGCGCCUGCUGCGGUGCCGGUGGGCCCUCAGCCCGCGAACUCUGUGUGUGUACCGCGCCGGCGGCCGCUUGUGUGAAACGAUAAAAUGAAUAGGGCCGACAAAACUGUCAACUCGCGACGCCAGGGGCCGCAGGCGUGGCCGCGUUGCGAUGGGAAGCUCUGCCCUGGCGGGAACCGCGCGUGCCGCCUCGCCGCCAUCCGCCAGCAGUUGAAGCAGCACAUCGCCGUGCGCCGAGCCACAUCCCUGCUACAUCCACGUGGCAGCGGCCGCGACGAUGCUGGCCAACGAGAAGAGCAGUAGCGCCGCGCGCGCGGACCGCGCAGGCAGGGAGAGGUGCCCAUCGCUGUUGAGAGCGGCGGCAAGGCCGGUGAGCAGAAAGAGGGCGGCGGGAAUGGCAGCGGCCGGGAGCAGCCGGCCAGACACCUCAAGCUUUCUCUGGCCGUCCGCAGCGCCGGUGGCCGAGAUCGUGCCCAGCGGCACCCAGCGGCCGAGCGCGCCGAUUGCGAGGAGCGGCGCCUGCCAGCCCGUGUGCUCGGCAUCGAUGGUGACGUACGCGAGCACGCCCACCUGAGAGCGAGGGCGCGGGCACGCGUGGGCCCCGAAGGCGUACGAGAGCUUCUCGGAGGCGUCUCGGAACGUCUCCACCUCGUGCUGCUGCAGGAGGUCGGGCUUUUGCUUCAGAGCGCUGCGAAGCGCGGACCGCGCCGAGGGCGCGACGACGGGCAUGCUCUCCCACGUGUCCGCCGUCUCCGGC